AUAAACCAAAAGUUGACAUAACCUUAGGACUAAACCAAGAUUCCUGGAUGGUGACAGAAGGCAAGGAUAUUCACCUUCAAUGUCAAGUGGACGCCAAUCCUUCCGUAACCCGUAGCGGAUGGUAUUUCAACGACCAAGCUCUACAAAAUAAUGUAGUGCAGGGAGUUAUCAUAAGUAAUCUCACGUUGAUGAUCCAGCGAGUGCAGCGCCAUCACACUGGUUAUUACCGAUGUUUUGCAAUAAACAUCGAAGGAAGAGGCGAGAGUAAUAAUACAUUAAUUAAAGUAAAAUUUGCACCAGUCUGUCGCCAGGGCCAAAAAAUAGCCUACGGUCUCUCUGUGAAUGAAACUGCCUUCGUCACUUGUAAAGUUGAAGCUGACCCUCCUGACAUCACAUUCCGUUGGAGUUUCAACACUUCAAAUUCAGGCCACGAACUACUCACCCAUUCCACAGAAGGCCUCAAAAGUGUGGCGUCAUUCACUCCGAAAGAAAAACACGAAUAUUCAGAGCUAUACUGUUGGGGUAGAAAUAGUGUUGGGAUACAGCACGAACCGUGUUUGUUUUCGCUCAUUUUUAUUGGUCCACCAGAACCUUUAAAAAACUGCACCAUCUCUAACACCACCGUUGAUUCUGUCCAUUUAGAAUGUAUGGCAGGUAACGACGGUGGUUUGAAGCAGUUUUUCUUCCUUGAAGUUUAUAAUUCCCAACAGGAACGUCUAGCUGCCAAUAUUACGAGUCAUUCCAAGCCCGUGUUUCAUGUUGCUGAAUUGUCUGAAGGAUCCCGUUUCAUCCUACUCCUAUACUCGGCCAACAGUAAAGGAAAAAGUUCCCCUAUUGCACUUACAGCGAAAACGAAACCGAUUCCUCAGAAGUUUCUUGAAACUACUUCUAACAUGAUCCUCAGCCCCUUGCUUGGAGUACUCAUUGGAACUGUGGGAUCGUUAGUCCUUGUCACCAUCAUCGUCAUUGUAAUCAUUCGAAUAAGAAGCUAUGAGGAUGACAAAGGUGACACUCCAGAUGAAAAGCCAGCAAGGUAUGGAUUGUCGCUAAUUAUUUGA